UCUUCUUUGUUUCUCUACUUCACCUUCCUUUCUGUUUCCCUUAAUCCUGUAUCGGUCCAUCUUGUGUACAACUCUAGCUUUGAAGAUCAUAGAAAUGGUUUUAAGCACGCAUAAGAUCAAGAGAAGAAAGAACUGGAAUAUGACGUAACAAACCAGAGUGCUAAAGACUAUCAUAAAGUCUCACAGAGAGAAGUAAAGGAUCUGUUGCUCAACGAAUUAGUAAGCAGAGAUAGUCUAUGCAUGGAAUGAUUGAUGGCGGAGACAGCGGUUAGCUAUCUUAUCGACAAGCUAAUUCCACUAUUGACUGAAGAAGUGAACUUGUUGAGAGGUGUUCAUGGAGAAGUUUUAGAAAUCAAGAGGGAACUUGUGUUCAUUCGGGCUUUCCUCAAGGAUGCUGAUCAGAAGGCAGAAGUCGAAGGUGACAAUGGCGAUGGCCUUAAAGCAUGGGUUGAAGAGCUAAGAGAAGUUGCAUUCAAAAUAGAAGACGUUAUUGAUGUGUAUAUAUAUCACAUGACGAUAAAUCGUCCCGAUCCUCAUGGAGUCAUUGCUUUCCUCCAUAAAAUUGGUCGCUUUGUCACAAAACUAAAACUGCAGCGUCACAUUGCGACACAAAUACAAAAAAUCAAUCGAACCGUUCGAGGUAUUAAGAAAAGAAGUACAAGCUAUGGCUUUGAUUCUCUACAACAAACACCCAUGAGUGAUGCGCCUCAACAAUGGAAUGACCCUCGGAGGGCAGCCUAUUUCCUUAGAGAAGCUGAAGUUGUGGGUAUUGAAUCUCCUAGAAAUAAAUUGAUUGAAAUUUUGAAAACACAUUCUCCAGAACGCAUUGUGAUUUCAAUAGUCGGGUUAGGGGGUUCAGGAAAAACUACUCUCGCCAAACAAGUUUACAAUUAUGUAAAAAGAGACUUUGAUUGUCAUGCUUGGAUUGCAGUUUCAGAACCAUACAGUGCAAAGGAGCUGCUAAGAAACCUAAUAAGGAAGGUUUACGCAGCAACUGAAGUAUCCGCUCCAGUAACUAUUGAUACAAUGGAUGAGCAAUCACUAACGGAGCAAUUGAUAAACUACUUGCAGAACAAAAAGUAUUUUAUUGUUUUCGACGAUGUCUGGAAUAAAGAAUUUUGGGGAGAUGUAAAUUUUGCUUUUCCAGAAAAUGGUGGAAGGAUAGUGAUCACGGCAAGGAAGAAUGAGGUUGCUAGUUUUUGCAAAAGAUCAGUAUCUUCCGUCCAUGUCCAUUUGAUGGAACCUUUGCCUCCUGACAAUGCCAUGGAACUAUUUUGCAAGAGGGCUUUUCUAUCGGAACCCGGACGGUGUUGUCCUGCCAACUUAGAAUAUUGGUCUCGCAAGAUUGUUGCUAGUUGCCAAGGUUUACCACUUGCAAUUGUAGCCAUUGCUGGUCUUCUGUCAACUAAAAGCAAGGUCCCUUUUGAAUGGCAAAAGUUUUAUGCAACCCUCAGUUCAGAGUUGGUCAAUCAUUCUGAUCUCAAAAGCACAACAAGAAUACUAUCGCUCAGUUAUUAUGAUUUACCUUACUACCUCAAAUGCUGCAUAUUGUACUUUGGAAUUUUUCCAAAGGGCUAUUCCGUUAGACGUGGUAGAUUAAUUCGCCAGUGGAUAGCAGAGGGUUUUGUGAAACCUCAAAAGAACAAAACCUUGGAGGUUGUUGCAAAAGAAUACUUAUCUGAGCUAAUUGAUAAAGGUUUAGUUGAAAACGAGGAAGGGAAAGCAAAGCGUUGCCGUGUUCAUGAUCUUCUUCAUGUUGUCAUCUCACAAAAGAUGGAAGAAUCAAGAUUUUGCCAAGUUUUAUCAGAUGAGUCACCAACUUUUGAAGGAGUAGCUCGUCGCCUAUCAAUAAUCUGUAGCUCAGACAAUAUUUUGCAAACAACUGAAAUUUCCCGGGUUCGUUGUCUUUUUAUGUUCAAUGGGGAUAAGGAGAUGCUCAAUUCUACUGUUAAUGCACUUGCCACAAGUGUCAAGCUCCUAAAAGUACUUGAUUUUGAAGACACUCCUUGUUUAGAUCAUCUCCCUGAAGAUAUUGGAGACUUGUUUCACUUGAGAUAUUUAAGUGUGCGUCGUACAAAAGUGAAGCUGCUCCCAAAUUCCAUAGGAAAACUGGUAAACUUGGAGACUUUGGAUCUAUCGCAGUCAUUGUUUUAUGGAAUUCCUGCAAGUAUUAAUCGGCUUAGUAAGUUACGUCAUCUUUUUGGCUGGAGAUAUGGCAACAACACUGAACUCUUUUCUUUCGACAGAGUAAGAGGAAUAAAAAUACAGAGAAUCGAGUCCUAUAUUGACGGUGCUUGUAUAAUAGAAGAGCUUGGAGCUUUGACGCAGUUAAGAACAUUGGGCAUUUUUAAAGUGAGAAGUCGAGAUGGAAAAAGUCUAUGUGGUUGCAUUGAGAAAAUGAAAUACCUCGAAUCCCUUGUAGUGAGAUCGAUAAGUGAAGAUGAAACACUUGAUUUAGAUUCCAUUUCACAUCCCCCUGAAUUUCUUCGGUGUCUCCGUUUAUCGGGUCCUUUAAUGACAUUGCCGAGGUGGAUCAUGAAACUUCAAAAUCUUGCUAAGAUUUCAAUUCGUUGGUCGAAAUUGGGAGAUGAUCCAUUGAAAGUCCUUGGUAAUCUGCACGAGCUAGUGGAGCUUGAUAUCAGCACUGAUGCAUUUGUUGGUGAACAACUACACUUUGAAGGAGGUGUCUUCCCAAAACUUAAGGUGCUCCGACUUCAGAGCUUGAAAUGGUUGAGUUCAUUGAUCAUAGAGGAAGGAGCAUUGCGCGACCUGGAAAAGCUUUACUUGGGGCCUACGCCACAAAUGAAGGAGGUGCCAACUGGCAUAAAACAUUUAAAAAAUCUUAAAUUCCUACGCUUCGUUCGCAUGCCAGAUGAAUUUGUGUCAAGCAUGAAUCCAAAAGAAGGACACAGCUAUCAUAUCGUUCAGCAUGUAGUACCAUUUGUCUUUUUCCAUUGUGCUGACGACCAAUUCUACCGUCUGCACGAUUCUGGUCUCCAACAAUUGUUAGAGCCAAGAAAGAUCAGAAAAUGAGCGGAGUCAAUGGACAGUAAGGAGCAUGAGCCUUUUCUAUCAAUUGCGCAUGGGAUUUUCUCAAGCCAGAGCACCGGAGUACUUUUGUUUAGUUGUAAUACUCGCCCAAAUAAAAUUAUUAAAUAAGCAGUGACUAUGUAUUGAAAAACUACUGCUUGUUAUGGACUAUGUAUUGAUUUCAUUAGUAAGACUACUGCUAGUUUGUAGUUAUGUAUUGAAAAACUUGUUAAAUAUUGUUAAAGAUGAUAAGCCACUCAAACACAGGGAUGAUGAGACGUAUAAUCAUAUUUUCUUUUAGAUUUAUUUUUAGUUUGUA